AUGGCAGGUUUACUUGGUAGUUAUACGGUACCUUUACUUGGGGUCAGCAUCUUCAUUGUUACUCUGGCCUACAUCACCUACAAGCUGCUCAGCAGUUACUUGCACAAAUGGUUUGAAAUGAAGCCUAUUCCAGAGGUGGAAGGAACAUACCUCUUCAUUGGAAAUGCACUGCAGUUCAAAACCAAUGCAGGAGAUUUCUUUCGUCAAAUUGUGGAUUAUACCCAUGAGUUCUGUAACGCACCACUGCUUAAAAUUUGGGUUGGACCAGUGCCAUUUGUGGUUUUGUUUCAUGCUGAGACUGUUGAGACAGUUCUGACCAACGCUGUUCAUAUGGAAAAAGCCUAUGCAUACAGCUUCCUCCAUCCUUGGCUUGGAACUGGUCUGCUCACUAGCACUGGCCGUAAGUGGCGUCAGCGGCGAAAGAUGUUGACUCCCACCUUCCACUUCUCCAUCCUGACGGACUUCUUGGAAGUGAUGAAUGAGCAGUCAGAGAUCCUGGUGGAGAAGCUGGAGGAGCAGGCAGGGAAGGGCCCAUUCAACUGCUUCAAUCACAUCACCUUGUGUGCCCUGGACAUUAUCUGUGAAACUGCAAUGGGAAAGAAAAUUUACGCCCAGAGUAAUUCUGAUUCAGAGUAUGUACAGAGUGUGUAUAGAAUGAGUGACAUUAUCAGCCGCAGACAGAGGUCACCUUGGUUUUGGCCUGACUUUAUGUACACCUUCUUUGGUGAGGCCCGGGAGCAUGACAAGACACUCAAGAUCCUCCAUUCCUUUACAUACAAAGUGACACGUGAAAGAGCAGAGAACAUUUCUAACACUGGAUCAGACAGCGAGUCUGACCAGGGCACGAGGAAAAGACGAGCAUUUCUGGACAUGCUCUUGAAGACUACUGAUGAGGACGGCAAUGGGAUGAGCCAUCAGGACAUUCAGGAGGAAGUGGACACCUUUAUGUUUAGGGGUCAUGAUACCACAGCAGCCUCUAUGAACUGGGCCCUACAUCUGCUGGGCUCCCACCCUGAGGCGCACAGCAAAGUUCAACAAGAGCUUCAGGAGGUGUUCGGUACAUCUGACCGACCUAUUAACACAGAGGACCUGAAGAAACUCAAAUACCUGGAGUGUGUGAUCAAGGAGGCCCUGCGACUGUUUCCCUCUGUUCCUUUCUUUGCCCGUAGCAUCGGUGAAGACUGCCAUAUCAAUGGUUUCAAAGUCCCCAAAGGUGCAAACGUUGUCAUCAUCACCUACUCUCUGCACCGUGACCCACGAUACUUCCCUGAGCCUGAGGAGUUUCGGCCAGAACGCUUUCUGCCUGAGAAUUCAGUGGGAAGACCUCCAUAUGCAUACAUCCCCUUCUCUGCUGGACUCCGCAACUGUAUAGGUCAGCGGUUUGCACUAAUGGAAGAAAAGGUGAUUUUGGCAUCUAUUCUGCGUAACUUCAGUGUUGAAGCUUGUCAGAAACGUGAAGAGCUGAGGCCGGUAGGAGAGCUCAUCCUCCGACCAGAGAGGGGCAUCUGGAUCAAACUGGAAAAAAGGAAGCCUUAGACUUCAUCAAAGUAGCACCUGUUCCAGUUCAUAAUAGGACUUAGCAAUACAUAGCACAAGAAUCAGCCGUUUUCGUUUGUGCAGCAUUUCUUCUGAAUGUUAAUUUUCAAACCCCUAGCUACUGUAGCAGCAUAGCUAAUACUAUGCUGAGAACUAUGUUUCGCUUUACUGUCAGCCUGUUGAAAGAAAUGGCUCUUGUGUUCUGUUAUUCAUGAGCCCACCUAACAUUUUGGCGAUGAGUGAACCUCUGUUGUUUAUGCUUUGCCUGGGAGGGCCACUGACGCCUUUCAACAUGUGGAUGCGAAUUUUCAACAACUACUUGCUAGUGAUUAAUGCAAAGGAGAAUGCUUGGCCUGAAGUUUGCAAGAGAGCUACUUUACUCUAUUGCCUCGGGGCCGAGAGACAACAGAUUUUCUACUCAUUGCCAGACACGGGUGACACUUUUCCCUCUGCUGUUGCUGCAUUAGAGAAACAUUUCACACCCAAAGUUAAUGUUGUCAUAGGAUGGCAUGCCUUCAGAAAGCAUAGACACCUCAUGAGACUAUUGCACAGUAUGUGGCCGUAUUGCAUGACCUUGCUUGAGACCCUCUGUAUAGAGAGCUAGAGACUUAUGAUGGCUACUACUGAA